AUGAAUCCGUCCAUUUUGCUCUUCGUUCUGGCAUGUUUGCAGCUGUCGAUGUGUGCGGAUAGUAGUGAGUCGGGAGUUUUCAAAAAUAUUUAAAAUAGCCAACUCAAGGCUAGCUUAAGGGGCGUGGCUUGUCUGCGCUCUCCACCAACCAGGCACUAUCUCCUUUUUCAUCGUGUCAGGACCUUUUUCCGAGGGUUGAAGCCAGCCCUGAAUCAGCUAUAUAUGAAAAAGAGAAGACUAACCUGAAAAAAAAAACGGAAAAGCCCGUUCUUUAAACGCUGACAGUUCAGAAUAUUUGUUUAUUCAUUCAUUUUUUCUUACCCUAGGGCCUAGGCCUCAAAAUUCAGUUUUUCCGUUUUUUUUGUACUAAACUUGUGGUUUUUUGAUAUCAGUAGAUGCAAAAAAAUGAACGCUUGCUGGAAUUGAACCAGCGACUUACAAACCAACAGCGAACUUUUUUGUUUCGAUUUCUCGAUUUUUGAAAUCAAGUUUCUAUUGGAAGGGCUGUCUAACAAAGCAUGUUUAAAUGAUUUUUUUAAAACAAACUUCUGAGAAAUAUAAUUUAUAGGUCUCAUCUGCCCGCACGAGAAUUGGUUAGGCUUCAUAAGAGCGAAAAACCAAACUUGGUGUAUGAAAGUUUUCAAAUAAAAAAUUGAAUUUUCCUCAAAAAAAAGGUUCAGCUGUUUCCUGGAAUCAUUUCUCAAGCGACCGCCCAGACACAGUGCGAAAAGUUGGGCGCAGCUCUUUCUGGAAUCGAUAACAAGGAUGAAUUGGACCUCUUCAAGAGUUUUAACUUCAAAAAAUAAUGGAAAAAUAUAUUUUUCCAGUUUACACCGGCAUGAUGGCCGCAGAUCUCGGACUCUCGGAAGGCCUUUCAAUUUGGGUCGGUGGAAAAAGAAAGGAAAAUUGUCUCGGAUCUCUUUCCACGAAGGCCAAUUGCGAUAUCUCAGGGAAGGUGAAGAGUUAUAGCUAAUUCUGAGAAUAUUCAAAGAAAGGAAGAUUUGAGGACACUUGCCAGCCUGUACUAAAAUUCCAAAAUUCAGUUAAUUUUCAAUUAACAACCGUUAAAGAAGAAAAGUUUUUUGUAUGAAAAAGGAGCUCAAAAUACCUUUUUCUUAUCGUUUUCGGUACUUUCAGCGGUACCUUUUCAGCUCUUUUUGAAGGUCCUAGAAGGAACUUACCUGUUUUUCUAGAAAAAACGCCAAUAAAUAUUUUUGAAAUUCUGGAUGUUGAGUCUUUCGCCUUCACCGACAAAUCGAACAAUUCCUUUGCAUUCCCGAGUAAAUGGGCCACCGGAGAGCCGGAUAACAACUUCGAUCGCUGGACGUGAGUUUAAAAAACAAUUAUCAAGAUAGAACAUUUGAUAAAAGUCCAAAAAGAAAAGGAAAUUUCCAGACAAGAACGAGAAAAUUGCCUGGUCCUGACCAAUGACCUGAAGGACGCGAAAUUCCGCGACACGGCGUGAGUCUUCAAGUAUUUCAUUGUUUUAGCUUGAUUUUUGGUGAAAGUUCAUUAUUUUGGAGCUGUUACGUCAAUGUCGCUGUUUGCGUACGCGACACUGGAACUGACGCCACUUUCAAAAAAGCAAAAAAAUAAAUAAAUAGGCUUAUCUUGAGCUUAUUCUUUUUUUGGUAGAGUAAUAUAGAAUUUGUCCCUGUCCCUCCAAUAGUUAUUUAUUUUUUUUUUACUCUCGGGCGGUUGCUUUACGUCUCUCGGAACCUUUUUUGCGGUUUUAUAGUCCAUUCGCCGCGACUUGAAAGUUUUUGCGUGUCUGCGUCUUUCUGUUCCCUCACCGGCGAGGUCAGAGAAACGUGAAAAUAGCAGGUAAACAGUAGAGAGUCGCCGAGAGACGAGGAGGGCGCAGAGAAGUCCCGCACUUGCAAGUCGUGAAAAACAGACUACAUCAGAUUUAAUCUCCUUGGAUCAUGGCGAAUAUGACAUUCUGACCUGUCUGGGUCUCUUUUCUCUCGACGGUGAGGUAGAAGGAAAUAGCAUCAAAAGCAUCUCUCCAUAUUUUUUUUAGUAAAGAAUAAUUUUUCAGCUGUGAUACCAGACAAGGCCUGAAGGAGCGAGGAAACAAGGGCGUCUACGGCUACCUCUGCGGAAUGAAGGCGAUUGGUCAGAGAUUCCUAAAUGAACAGAAAAAAAGUCUAUUUUUACAGAUGCUUCGAAAAAACAGAAGCAAGUCUUGGUCACCGACAGGAAACCGACAAAGGCUCCUCCGACGGUCUGUCCGGUCACCAAAAAAGUCUGA